UGUAAAUUAAAAACGCAAGCCUGAAGCCGUCGUGAGCCCGUGAAUGUUUAUGUUUGAAAAUGAAAGUUUUAGCAUACCUUAAUAUUAUUAAGCUGACUUUGUAAAUCAAAUUUCCAGCCUUUUGAAAUGGGUGACGAGGACGUUAUACGCAGAAGAUUAUUGAUUGAUGGUGAUGGUACUGGUGAUGAUAGGAGGCUUAAUGUUUUGUUGAAGACACUAAUCAGAUGGUGUAAUGCUACCGACGAAAAACCAGAAGACAGCAAAACCACACAUGAUCGCAUGUUAGCACAACUUGCACAAUGUGAAUUUGCUGUAACAAAAUCUCAGCUCGGUACCGAGAUGAUGACAGCAGAACUUAAAAGUUAUGAGGAUUUAUCGAAAAUAUUUGAAAGCGGAAUAGAGAUAGCCAAGAAGAAUAUAGAAAAGAGUAAAAUUGAUCUGGCCCAAGCAAAAACUGUACGCAAAAAUAGAAUAGAGUAUGAUGUAUUAGCCAAAGUGAUAAGUGAACAGCCAGAUAGGAAAGAAACAUUGGAGCAAUUGAGUACUCUAAAGAAUGAAUUAAGUACAUUGGAGACAACAAAACAGCAGUUAGAGAGUAGAUUGGCAUUAAGAAAGAAACAAUUCCAUGUGUUAGUGACUUCAAUACAUCAGUUACAAGCCUUGUUAGAUGAACCUGAAGAAUUAGAAUCCAUUUCUGAUGAUGUAGAAAUGAAAGAAUCAGCUAUGGAAACUUGAAAUAAUACUUUUUAUAGUUUAUAAAAUUUAUCAUAAAUCUGAAAUAAUAAAAUUAAUGAAAUGUCCAA